UGGCUGGAAUCACUUUACAGUUCUGCUCCUGUCUAGGUCUUAUGAUUCCUGUACUCUGUUUGCUUUCUUCAACUUCUGAUGUGCAGUCAUGGCGCUGUAUAUAAUGUAUGCGCUGGCGUUGGGGUUUCUGAACCCAGUCUUGGUGCUUGGAGGAAUGAACGGGACCCGUCCUAACAUUCUUCUACUAUUGAUGGACGAUAUGGGUUGGGGAGACCUGGGUGUGUUUGGUGAACCUUCUAGAGAGACUCCUAAUCUAGACAAGAUGGCUUCAGAAGGAAUGUUGUUUCCCAAUUUUUACACAGCCAAUCCUCUUUGUUCUCCAUCAAGAGCAGCAUUAUUGACUGGGCGUCUCCCUAUUCGGAAUGGCUUCUAUACAACCAAUAGCCAUGCAAGAAAUGCUUAUACUCCACAGGAGAUAAUGGGUGGGAUUCCAGACUCUGAGGUUCUCUUCCCUGAGCUGUUGAAAAAAGCUGGAUAUGUAAAUAAGAUCAUUGGCAAAUGGCACCUGGGGCACAGACCUAGUUACCAUCCUCUGAGGCGGGGAUUUGAUGAAUGGUUUGGGUCUCCUAACUGUCAUUUUGGACCUUAUGACAAUAAACAAAGGCCAAAUAUCCCAGUGUACAGAGACUGGGACAUGGUGGGCAGAUACUAUGAAGACUUUAAUAUCGAUCAUAAAACAGGAGAGUCAAAUCUGACCCAGAUAUACUUGCAGGAAGCCCUGGAAUUCAUUAACAGGCAAGCCGGGGACCAGCAGCCAUUCUUUCUCUACUGGUCUAUUGAUGCCACUCACGCACCUGUCUACGCAUCCCGUCCCUUCCUUGGAACUAGCCGCAGAGGCCUGUAUGGAGAUGCAGUGCGAGAGAUUGAUUUCAGCAUUGGGAAGAUAUUGGGCCUGCUAAACCAGAAGGACAUAAUUAAAGAUACAUUUGUAUUCUUUACAUCUGACAAUGGUGCUGCCCUUAUUUCGGCACCAAUGCAAGGUGGCAGCAAUGGUCCCUUCUUAUGUGGAAAGCAGACAACAUUUGAGGGUGGUAUGAGAGUGCCAGGCAUCGCUUGGUGGCCAGGGCAUGUGGCUCCAGGUCAGGUGAGCUAUCAGCUGGGCAGCAUCAUGGAUCUCUUCACCACCAGCCUAUCCCUUGCAGGAGUCGAAAUCCCCAAGGACAGAGCUAUUGAUGGCAUCGACCUGUCACCAGUGAUUCUAGAGAGCGAAGAGACUGAAAGACCAAUAUUCUAUUACCGUGGCAACGAGCUAAUGGCAGUCCGACUAGGACAGCACAAGGCUCAUUACUGGACUUGGAGUAACUCGUGGGAGGAACUGUCCCAGGGAAUUAAUUUUUGUCCAGGGCAGAAUAUUACUGGUGUAACCACACAUGUGCAAGUGGAACACAGUAUUAACCCUCUCCUGUUCCACCUGGGAAGAGACCCUGGGGAGAAGUACUCUAUAAGUGUAUUAAGUACAGAGUAUGAGGCUGCAUUAAGCAGAAUUUCCCCUGUGGUCCAACAGCACAGGAAUUCUAUGGUCCCAGGAGAACCACAGCUAAACGUGUGUGACUUGGCUGUUAUGAACUGGUCCCCUCCUGGAUGUGAGAAGCUGGGAAAAUGUCUUACUCCCCCACAGUCCAACCCCUGGAAGUGCGUUUGGCCUCACUAAAGUGAGAAACCUUUGUACAGCGGACAGUACUUGAUCCACAAGCUGUGCAGAAGGAUUGGCUGUGUAAGCCUUAACUGGCAUAGUAAUUCCUUUUAUGGAGCAAGUUAGAACCAAUGUGGAUCAUGAAGACUGAAUGUCCUUCACUUUACGUGACUGUAAGUGCCUUUGGGAGUAUAAGAAGGAUGUUCCAGUGAUCUCAAGAAUACAGUGUUUUUUGCAGCAGUUGCCAGAGUGUCAGCAUUAAUGCUUCCCAACUGAAUAUUUGAGCUUGAUUCACCAUUCAGAGUGAGAAACUUGGUCCCCAACCAGUAACCGUCUGACUUGUUAGGAAGGCUGUCUCAGUACUGACACAAUUUUGGUGUUAAUAUUCUUCAUUAGUUCUACUGCACAAUGAUGCUUGAUAAUGUCUUAUGUACUUGACCUUUUCCCUUGUGUAAGAAAUAAUUUAAAACCUGUUAUAAAAUAUAAGGAUAAUUGAUGUCACGUUACUGUCCUAUGA